AUGAGUGACUGCGGUGUGGGAUUUGCAAGAGGUUUCUCGCUAAAUGAGGCUCUUAGCAUGUUAGAAGAUCAAGACGAUGUUUUAGAACAAACUAAUGACAUAACUAUAUUUCCUCCGCAAGGGGACAUCACCGAUGAGGACUCUGGUGAUGAGAAUGUGGUCGAGAUGAGUAAUUUACCCGCAUCACAGCUUCAAGCUCCUGCCGAAAUAAAUUUGAAACGGUACAAUAAUGACGAUUUUUCGUCGGAAGAUGAGCUGCCGUUAGCUCGAUUGAUCUCGGUAAAAUCGAAAAAGAAAUCAUCAAAGAAAAAAAAAGUAUAUGAGUGGAUUAAGGAAGAUCUUCCUACAAAUAACUCCGACUUUACUUCAGAUAGUGAUAUUCCAAAGAUUGAAAAUUUGAAAUCUCCACUAGAGUUAUUCCAAGAUUUUUUCGACGAAGAUCUGUUAGAUCUUAUAGUCUUAGAAACCAAUAGAUACACUGCAAGAAAAAACAAUGUGCAAAACAUAUCAACAAGCGAAAUAAAAGCAUUUAUAGGUGUUUUGGUGCUAAGUGGAUAUGUAUGUGUCCCCAGAAGACGAAUAUAUUGGGAACGAGAAAAAGACGGCCACAACCCUCUUGUGUCGGAAGCCAUCACUAGAGAUAAAUUUGAAUAUAUUUUGACGAACAUUCAUGUCAAAGAUAACGAAACCCUAGAUAAAUCUGAUCGUUUUUCCAAAGUAAGGCCAUUGUUUGAUCAUCUAAAUAAAAAGUUUACAGAAGUAAGUCCUAUGGAAGAAAUGCAUUGCGUCGACGAGGCCAUGGUUCCUUAUUUCGGAAGGCAUGGCUGUAAACAAUUCAUUCACGGAAAGCCCAUUAGAUAUGGAUAUAAACUGUGGGUAGGGGCAACCAGGCUGGGCUUU